UCAUAUGACUGUCAAGUGGGUUGGCCAGUUUUCAAUUUCCUUCUGCCUUCAUUUCGCACAUUAAAUCGCCUUAAAAAACACGGAUUUCCUCGGCAUUUUAUUGUGAAAAUGGCCAGCCAAACUCAGGGCAUCCAACAACUGUUAGCGGCAGAAAAGAGGGCCGCCGAAAAAGUAUCAGAGGCACGUAAACGUAAAGCGAGGAGGUUGAAGCAGGCCAAGGAUGAGGCCCAAGAAGAGAUCGAGAAGUACCGCAAGGAGAGAGAGCGUCAAUUCCGUGAGUUUGAGACCAAACACAUGGGCUCCAAAGAGGAUGUGGCCGCUAAAAUCGAUGCCGAUACCAAGUUGAGGAUUGCCGAGAUGAACCAGCUGGUUACCGGACAGAAAUUGGCCGUUAUCAAUGAAAUUUUGGCUUUGGUCUAUGACAUUAAACCGGAAAUUCACAAGAACUACCGCCAAAACUAAACUGGUCGGCCAGUAUUCUGUUCUUAUAAUUUAAGUGUUAAAAAGAAUUUAUUUGUAGAUACUUAAUCCGUGUAUUAUCUUAACCCAUUCCAUUUUAUUUACUUAUAUUGUGUAUAAUAUUUUUUUAACAUCGUUUUGAUGUUCGAUUUACACAUUUAGCAGAAAACUUUGCAAUAUUAUAAAUAAGCGGAUAAAACUGUUAUUAUGUAGAUGGAAAAAACAAUUAUUUGAUGUUGUAUGUUGUGGGAUUAAAAAGAACUCGAUGUUUAAA